CACUGCAGCCCAGCGCUUUCUUUAUCAAACCACUGAGCUCCUCAAACCCCACUGCCUUCCACACUGCAGCCCGGUGUUUUCUUUCACAGGUAGGUGUGGAGAAUGGAGUGUGUUUGUGGAGAGUUUCUAGUUAGCUUGAUAAAGGGAAAGUUUAGAGAGACACAGCGAGAGAGAGAGAGGGGGAGAGAAGUCAGAAAAUGAAAUUCAAAGAGAAUCUUAACGUUUUAAAAUUGAAAAAAUUGUGGACUUGUUAUUGAGAUUAACGAUGCACAGAAGUUGGGCUACUUGAGAAUCUACGGAAAAGAAUCUGAUUUUAAGACUCUCUAGAAUAUUCUAGAAGGAUUGUUUUCUUUUGUUUUCCUACAUCGAACAAUAGCACAAGCUUUUUCAAGAAAAAACCAUCAUUCUGGAUCUUGGUGGAGUUUUUUUUAAGGGUAUUGUUUUUUCAAGAACAGCCUGGAAAAAGAUACAGAUUUAAUUUUGGAAAUCAAAAAAUGCUGAAAAAUAAAAACUUGAUUUAUUUUAUAUAUUUAUAUAAAUUCCAGCAAUAAAGUUCUAGCUUAAGAAUGGAUAAAAAAACAAGGUUUGAUUUGAUCUAGAAGCAAUCUAGAAAAGGAUAUUGGAUCUAGAAAACGGCUGUGUUUUUGAUGGAGCGCCUCUGAAUUCUGACUGGAUGUCAUUUUGGGCUGACAAACUCCCCAAUUCAAUUUAUGAAUCUUUUUUGGACACUUUGAAGCUAUAUACUUUGCAGGAAAAACAACAAAAAAACCUCAUUUUUCAGAAAGAGACCGGGCAGUUUUUAACAUGUGUUUGAGAAACUGAAGGCUAUACCAGUGUGAUGCUGCAGGGUAAACUCGAAGGAGGACGGAUUUGUGCCUUCCUUCUAUUGCUGAAGGAGGGACUGGGAGGGAAGCAGCGUGGCUCUAGCGGAGCUGAGGAGGGACUGGGAGGGAAGCAGUGUGGCUCUAGUGGAGCUGAGGAGGGACUGGGAGGGAAGCAGUGUUGCUCCAGCGGACACCUCUAAAGACAUGGACGACAUCGGUGAAGCUCUGGAGACCAACCACACCCCCAACGACUCUUCUAACGCCCCCGCCCAGGGGACCCUGCUGGUCACCUCUCUGCUGGGGGCCACCCUGAGCCUCAUGUGCCUGCUGGGGGCCACUGGGAACAUCUACACCCUGGCGGUGAGCAGCGCCCCCCUCCGGAAAGCGGGCUCCAUGCACCUCUACAUCGUGAACCUGGCCCUGGCCGAUCUGCUCUACCUUUCCACCAUCCCUUUUGUGGUGUGCACCUACUUCGCCCGUGACUGGCUGUUUGGCGAAGCCGGUUGCCGAGCGUUGCUGAGCCUGGACCUGCUCGCUGCCCACGCCAGCGUCUUCACCCUGACCGUGAUGAGCGCCGAGCGGUACCGCGCCGUCCUACGCCCCUUCCGCGCCCGGAGCUCGCCCAGGGGGUACCGGGGCCUGGUGGCUGCGGGGAUCUGGCUGGCUUCCUUCCUCCUCACCCUGCCCAUGAUGGUGAUGAUCCGCCUGCGGAAAAGCCCUUCCAAACGGAUCUGCUUCCCCACUUGGAAGCCGGAAGCCUUCAAGGUCUACCUGACGGUCCUGUUUUCCACCAGCGUUCUUGCGCCCGGGCUGGUCCUGGCCUGUUUGUACGGCCGGUUGGCCAGAGCUUACUGGGCAUCGGAAGCCAGGGUGCAGUCCACCAAGCGACGGCUGAAACGCAGGGUGGCGUGCCUGACUUUCAGCAUCGUGCUCGCCUACUGGGCGUGCUUCCUGCCCUUCUGGGCCUGGCAGCUGGUCAAGCUCUACUCCCAGGAUGCCGUGCGGUCCCUGUCGGCCGACGCCCACGCGUACGUCAACUUCUUCGUCACCUGCUUGACCUACGGGAACAGCUGCGUCAACCCCUUCCUCUACACUUUGCUGAGCAAAAACUACAGGGACUACCUGAGGCAAAAACGCCAGCCCCCCGCUGGGACCAGCGCCAGCAGUGGGGCCGGGAGCAACCCCGCCGUCCUGGGGCAGGGGAGGAGAGCGGGGGUGCUGCUGUUCUGCAAAAGGGGGAGGGAAAAUCGGGAAGGGGAAGUUAACGAUCGCGAAGGCUAGUUUCGGGAGGCACUUUUCCCUCGAGGCGUCUCUGACUGGCGUGUGUUUGCACAGACGCUGCUUAGUAAAUGCAUGAUUGCAAUGCUGUUAUGCAUACUUACACUUAAUGUGGAAAUCUGUUAGCACAAUAUAACCCUAACACUAACCCUAGCUCUUAUAAUGUCUGAACAGCCUC